GCAAGAUGGCCGUUCGCGGGGCGGGGGAGGCUCAUCCCCGCUUCCGAUUCCGGUGCGCCGCGCUCUGGGGCGGCCGCUCUAGCCGGCCGGGCGGACGUCGCCUGCGUCUCGCUGCCACCUCCCGCCCCUCACGGCCGGGAGCGUCCGCGCGUGCGCACUGGAGGGCAGCUUCGUGGGGCGGGGCCCGAGGGCGGACGGUCGGCGCGUGCGCACUGGCGGGCAGCUCCGCAGGGGGGUGCGGGGCGGGGGUGGACCCCUGGUCUCGCAGGAGAUCUGGUCAGGCCGCCGGGGCACAGCGAAGCGUCCUUCCGCCCUAACGCUCUCCGGCGGGCGGCCCCAGGGGUUGUCAGCAGCCGCAGGGAUCCCGGACCCCCUCACCCUCCACAGUUUUUCCCUCCGCAAGAACCCCGGCCGACGGGGUCGGUCUGAGAGCGGGGCGCGCCAUUCUGGGGAAGACAGACAAGCCCAGGCAAAGGGUAACCCCCGAGGUGCCGGCGUGAACUCCGCUUGGAGUUCACUGGGACCCCGACUCUUCCACCGGCUACCUUCCAAAGGAUGGGGCCAACCCGGCCUAGGGGGCCAGUCCUUGUGCCAGGUAACAGGAGAGCGCCAGAGUCACUAGGGUCCCCGGCCCCAUCAGUGACUGAACCCGCUUGGGCCCCUGAGGGUCACGUCCUGAUUGGCCUUGUCUGGCUACCAGUGAGGCUCGGGGAUGGGGAGCCCUACCAGAACCUGUGCCAGGUGGGGUCUGCCAUGGGCAAGCCUGUCCAGCCCCUGCCCAUGGGGAGAGCCAGCCUCAUAAAAACAGUUCCACUGUUUCCCCAACUGAAUUUUCCACCCAGCCCAUGAAUAGGGUCAUUAUGCAACAGUGGACACUGCACUGAGGCUUGCUUUCUGCUCCCACGGUCCCCUCCCUGCCUGGGGGAGGGGGAAGCAGAGCUGGCCACCCGUGCAUGGGAGGGUGCCUGAAGCAGGCAGGUGGGGAUACUGUUCCAAGGGCCAGCGUCCCUCGAAAGGACCCCGAUUGCAGAGGCCUGGAGCUGGUCCUCUCCUCCUCAAGCCUGCCAUGAGGGAAGUUUUGGAGGGACACGAGGCUGACAGCCAGGAGGUAGGAGAGUUGGUGUCUGAAUGUGGGGUGGGUGGGGCGGCUGAGCAAGCCAGCGCACUGCCCACUGCCCUCCCUGGAGAGAAAAUCCAGGACACGGCCAAGUGGGGGCCUGGGGUUUCCCCUCAUGGGUUGUGUCAGGGGAAACGCUGCAUAUUAACUAUGAGCCAGGUGGUGGUCAUCAGCCCCGACAGACCUAGAGAGGCCAUUGCCGUGUUGGACUGUAUGGCUCUGUGGGACAGAGCUGUGGUUCCAAACCCUUCGCCAUGCCCCUGACUACCCCUUGGCGUGGGCCACAAGUCGGUGAGAUGACUGAUCACACAACCAUUGACAGUGGACACCAAGCACCGACAGGUCCAGCCGUGGCCACUGACAGAGGACAGGCACCAUGCUUACACUUGAGUCUGGCCCACCCAGGGCAUCACAGGCAGGACCUGAGCAGUGGCUGCAGAUCUGGCUCCAGGCCCUGGGCGGAACCCAGAAGGAGUCCUCGCCAUCCCUCAGUCCGCAGCCAGGCGAGUCAACCCGUGGGAAUCCGGCCAGCUUCUGCCUCCUACCACAUCGCCCGUCCCCGGCCUGCCUUCCUUCCUUCUGGGGAAGCUGGCAGCUUCCAGAGCUCGGCCUCCUGCUCGCACACUCAGCAUAGCGCCUUCCCUCCUCCGCCUCCUCCAGGGGCUCCACCAUCCCCACACAGGGCGGGCCCAGCUGUUUUUAGCACAUGGAAAGUUAUGUAAGGGAGGCCACUCCAGGGCACCUGGGGUUCAAGCACAGGUGUGUCUGGCACACACCCACACACACCUGCAGAGCACAGGCAGUGACCGUGUGGGGCUGGGGCCUCGGCAGGUAGAGGCCCUCUCCUGCCUCAGUUUGUCCCUGUGUAAAAUGGGGGUGCCGACUUAGGUGGGAGCAUCUUGAUGGGAAGACUCAGAACCGCUCCGCUUCAGCCCCCAACCUCUUGAUCACCAAGCACCCCUGAGUCACACCUAAGGGAGAAGGUGCCCAGGACAGAUGUGGCCAGCAGGUCCUGCCAAGACCUUCACCCUACCAGCCCCGCAUAUGCUGCCUUCCAGGUCAGUAAGGCCCAAGCUGCCCAGCCCUCUGGCCAUAGAGCUGAUGGCCUCAGCAGUCGAGACAGGAGCGGGCAGCAAGGCUGGCCGCAAAUGACAACUGAGACCUUCUCAAACCCCAAAGCCACCCUUUUGGAGCAGAAGCUGGAGCUGGCCCUUUCUCCCAGACUUCCUUCCAACCCUGCCCCUUCUGCCAAUGGUCAAGUUGCAGCAAGAGGAUGGCUGUAUUCACUCCUGAGCAUCUUGGGGGAGGGGGCACGGGUCUGUGUCAGAGGAGCUGCCAGGAAACCAAGAGGGUUAGAAUCAAAAAAAACACCCUCAUACCCGUUGCUGCUACCCCCUACCCAGGGCAGGACUUGAAGGCUUCGAUCACAUCUGACCAGGAUGGCCAGGGCUCGAGAGAGGGAACCAAAGAGCCAGCCUGGAGGUGACCAGGCAGGAAGCGUGCACACACCCCACUUCUUCCAGCGGGAGACACCUGGCCAGACCCUGAGCCCCACCCAGCCCCAGCUGGCUGGAGGCACCUCAGGGAGCCCCCUCUGGGCUCGCUGGAGCCACUGCUUAACACUGUGGUCAGUGUUUGGAAGGUUGGGGAAGUUCCACAUUUACACCAAGAAGGCCCCUCACCCUCCUGGUAGCAGCCCCCAGGCCCAGGCAGGAUGACCCCCACCCGCCCACAUCCACCAGGAAUCCAGAACAUAUGCAGAGCCCAUGGGCUCAGACUUUACUUCUGUCACACCAGAAUCCCCUAGGACCAACUCUAAUCUGCCCCUGAGGGUGGGGACACCCAUGGGUGAGUAAGCAGAGCCUGGGGGCCCCAUGAAACACCAGGCACCAACAAUCUCCAGGACGGCCCCAGCCUGGAAGGGGAUGCCUUGGAACCCCUAGGCCCAGCCUCAGUGAAGGCUACCGCUCAAAGUCCCGAAGGGGGUUGUACUCAGGAGGUUGGGGCCAGCCAUCCUACUGUCCUUCUGGGGAGAGGGGAGAGGACGUGGGACCACCCACCUGCCCCUUCUCUGAGGCAUCCUCACAUUCCCUCAAUACAGCUACCGAGGAGUGACCACAUGGGCCUACACUGUGCCAGGAACUGGGGUCACCCUGUCCUGCCCCAGCCUGCACUCCUGCUCCUUCUAGGGCCGGUGAGGCCUGGGGAGGAAGGAGAGGGGACGCACCAGGAAGGGAGGAGGGGCUGACCUCUCUGUCCUCCUAGAGGUUUGCUCUGGGGUGACCUCCUCCCCUCCCCACUGGUCACUGACCCUUGGCCUGGGCACCUUAUGCUGGCCCCUUGGCAGUUCUCAAGCUGUUUCCCCAGGAGGAGGGAAGGAAGGUUUGUGCCUUCUGCCUGGAUGAUCUCUGACUCGAGCCCCUCAAGCACAGUCAUCAUCACAGGCAUCCUCUGACCCUGGCCAGGGCUCCCUCUCCCACGGGAAGGAAGGGCUCCUGUUCCCUAUAAACUGCAGUUGGCUGGCGGGGACAAGGGCCAGACCCGAGCUCCCCGAGGCCAGGGUACCCAGGCCCCUCCUUCCUGGCAGCUCCCUUCUUCAAUCUCCUGAGCUCGGAGCCACGGGUCACUCCUGUUCUAACUACCCGGAGCGCCUGGACCCCUCCUCUGCUGCUAAGAGGCCUCCCCCAGGACAGUGUGCCCCCCAUUCCCUCGAUAACAUAGCCUAUCCCACAAAGGAAAAUUGCUCAGGGGCAGAGGGCCUGAGAAACCCCAGGCCUGUGCUGAGUCUGGAGGCUCUGAUGUGGGGCUUGGGGAGGGGGUAUCCACACCAGUGAUAUCAGCUGGUCCCAUCCCUGAACCUUGAGCAGGAAGAGGAAACUAAGGCCCAAUGUGCGCUUGAGGAAGUGGGCUCUGAGAGCUUGAUUAAUUUGGGCAGGGUCAUACGGUAAGUGACAGAGCGGUGAUUCGCAUCCACACCCAGGUGAGUCCCGGGCCUGCUCUUCCCCAGGCAGGACUUCCUUCUCCCAGACAUCACCAGUGGCCAUCCGCCUCCUUCCAAAGCCACAAAGCUGAUGACCUCACCCCUCCUCAGAGCCAAGGGCCCCACCGGCAGGGCCUAUUGGAAGUGAGGCUCCUUCCCUCAUCCCAGUCUGGAUCCUCGGCACUGAUUCGGGGUGGGGUGUCCGAAACCUACAGCUUGCCCUGGGGUGGGGGGGUGAACAAACCUGGGACCAGGCUGAGGGUCUGGUUAUUUGGGAUGGUGAGACCUCUGGGUCCUGCUGGGGACAUGCUGGAUCCCCACUGGGGCCAGAGGUGGUGGGUCAUCCUAGGCCUAGGGGUACUGAGUGUCCUGCCAUCAGCUGACCAUCCAGCCUCACACAGCCACACUGACAGUGCAAUCUGGACCCUGAGUGUGCUGUGCUCUUAGCGUGUGACAUGUGGUCUUAGUGUGUAUGUGGCCAGGACAUGUGGUGUGUCAUCUUUGUAGGCGGUGUGUCGUCUCAGUAUGUGGUGGGGUCAGUGGUGGCCUUCACGUCUGCUGGGAAGGGUGAACUGUGUGCCACAAGGUGCCAGGUGUCAUCUCCACACCCAGGCCCUGGGUUGUGCCCACAAUUCGAGCCAGGCCCAGUGGCUGGCCCUAGACACCUGGGUUCUGGGAGUGGAGGUCCCUGCCCAGCAUCCCUCGGUCACAAACACCUGUGGUCAGUGCUGGCAGCAUGAGCCGGGCACACAAGGGAGGGCAGGCAUCCCUCCUGACCUGUCAGUGGAGAGCAGGCAGAGAGGUGAGCGGCCAGGGUCUGCUGGGAGCAGGAAGAGCGGGUGUCUGACCCAAGAGAGAUCUGAGCUUCGGGAACUGGGGGAGGGGAGGGUCUGCUCAGCGAGAGGCAGCUGAGCCAUGCAAGGGGGUCUCAGCCAACAGGGGCCUCUGCUCUCCCUCUAGAAACCAGGAACCCCUCAUCCCCAGGCCUCGCAUCCAGGGCUCUGCACAGGAAAAGCUCACCCAGGGGAAGGAUCCCCAUCCCUGCCCUCCCGGCUUCCCCUUCCCGGUCCAGAGUGGGUGUGUCUGCCCCUGCCAACCAGGCCCCUCCCUGCCUCAUCCCACGUCCAGCCAGCCUGUUAUAAAUACGAGGCUGCCUGGUCAGUGUCGGGCCACAGCCCGCCUUGUCUUGUCACCUACCAGAGCCGCCAUCACUGAGGCCACCCAGCACGGGAGAACGGAGGCCCCUGCAGAAGGAGGCCCCAGCGGCAAGGUACCAGGGGCACCUGGUGUGGGCUUCCUUCCCCCAACCUGGAACGCACAGCUGAGGAUCCUGUCUCACCUUGAAGGCCCAGUGUGGUCCUGGGGGGACACACCUGUGGGCAGAGCUCUGUGCAACGUGAGACCCAGCGUGAGCACCCCGUGCGGGCACGUGCUCCUGGCCAGGCGUGUGGGAGCCCACGGAACUGAAGCCGGGAAGGAAGGCCAAGCCGCCUCCACCUUGUGCCCACGGCCCCGCACCGCCGGCCGGCCUGCUCCCACACACGGUUCCCCAGAGCACCCCGGAGCAGCCUGCUGGGGCGCGCCGGGCCGGGCACGUGCUGGCUGAGACGCGGCACGUGCUUAGAUGCGCCCCUCGCUCAGCCCCCGCCCCAGGCUCCUCAGGAGGGGCCAGAGCUCAGGAGGGUCGCCCUGGGUGCAGGAGGGCCUAGUGAUUCAGACCAAGAGGCGGGCAGUGUGGAAAGUCCCCAGGAAGCCUGUGCCACUGGUGACUCCACAUGUGUUCGGGGCGAGCAGGCCUGGCCUAGUCUGGGCCGCAUGUCCCUGUGUGCUGGCGGAACUGGGAGUCCGGGGGCCCUGCGUCUGUGGCUCUGCUUCUCUAGGGCCUUCAGGUCCCCACCACUGGCUAGCCCACUGGCCCCCUGCCCACUUUUCCUGAAGCCCAAAGUCCACAAACCGGGCUUCCCCGGGGACAAGCUCAGCAGAUGAUACUCAGGGGCCCAUAGCACUGAGCAGUCCUCAGGCCUGACCCUUGGCGCAGACGUGGCCGGAGCAGUCUGGUUCCAUCAGUCCCAACCAAACGUGGCCAUGCUGGCCACUAGGGGUUGGUAGAGACCAUUGAAGCCCAGCGUCUAGUCUUUGUAGAGCCCCAGGGCACAAUACAGUCCCCACCCCAAGAAGGUCACCUGGCCUACCCCUCCCUAGAGGCCCCUGCCCCACUUGGGUGGACGGUGGCAGGGACCCACCCAGCCUCAAGCCUGAGUACAAACAGUACCAGGCAGGGCUUGGACACCAUAUUCUCUGCUGUCCCUGUCCCCACCGGCAGACCCAGCUCUGGCUGCAGUAAGACAUACCCUACAGAGGCUGCCUGGGGCCCGGUUUGGUGGGGGUGGCUGCGGGGCUGGUCCCAAGCCUCUGACAGGGCCUCUUUUGAGCAUCAGCAGGCUGGGCAGUGGCCCCGGUGGCCGAGGUCACGGCUGUCCCUGAAGUUCCCAGGGACAGAGAAUGGACGUCCUAGCAGCCCCAGUACGGCUUGCUUCUUGGACGCAGGUAGGAGCCAUGGCCCACACCACCAGUGGUUCCCCGACGUUCCACGAGGCCCAGCAGCCACUGCCACGGGUGCGCGAGGACAGGCGGAGGGAGAGGCUGGUGGAGCUGCACACCUCCUUCAGGGAGCUGUUCACCUUCUUCUGCACCCACGCCACCAUCCACGGAGCCAUCCGGCUGGUCUGCUCCAGCCAGAACCGCCUCAAGACGGCGUCCUGGGGGCUGCUGUUUGUGGGGGCCCUGGGGGCCCUCUACUGGCAGUUUGGGCUCCUCCUCGAGCAGUACUGGCGCUACCCCGUCAUCAUGACAGUGUCCGUGCACUCAGAGCAGAAGCUUUUCCCAGCUGUCACUCUGUGCGACAUGAACCCACACAGGCCACGCUCAGCCCGGCACCAUCUGCAAGUACUCGAUGAGUUUGCCCAGGAGAACAUCCGCUCUCUCUACACAUUCAACUUCAGCGAGAACAGGGAUGUCCUCUUUGCCGACGACAGGGCCCCCCAGCCUGCCUUCUACCUGGACCGUGGGAUCCGCCUCCAGAGGCUGGGCCAACCAGGUGGCCAGAACAGAGUGGGUUUCAGACUGUGUAACAGCACAGGUGGCGACUGUUUCUACCGGGCCUACUCGUCUGCUGUGACAGCCGCCCGAGAAUGGUACCGCUUCCACUACGUGAACAUCCUGGCCCUGAUGCCCAGCACCCGCGAGGACAGCCACCAAAGCCACGGAGGCCACUUUGUCUUCUCCUGCCGAUUCGAAGGCCAGGACUGCCAGGCCCGGCACUUCCAGACAUUCCACCACCCCACCUAUGGCAGCUGCUACACCUUCAAUGGCGUCUCGGCAGCACAGCACCCGGGCAUCUCCCAUGGGAUCAGCCUGGUCCUCAAGGCUGAGCAGCAGGACCACCUCCCUCUGCUGUCCAUGGAGGCUGGCAUCAAGGUCAUGAUUCAUGGGCAUGACCACACGCCCUUCCUGGAGCACCAGGGGUUCAGCAUCCGGCCAGGGACUGAGACCACCAUCGGCAUCCGAGAGGACGAGGUGCACCGGCUCGGGAGCCCCUAUGGUCACUGCACCAAGGGUGUGGAGGGUGUGGACGUGCAGCUGCUGUACAAUGCCUCCUACACCCUGCAGGCCUGCCUGGUGUCCUGCUUUCAGCAGCUGAUGGUGGAGACUUGCUCCUGCGGCUAUUACCUCCACCCGCUGCCGUCAGGGGCCGAGUACUGCAGCUACGCCAGGCACCCGGCCUGGGGUCACUGCUUCUACCGGCUCCACAGGGACCUGGGGACUCACCGGCUUCCUUGUUCCUCCCGCUGCCCCAGGCCCUGCAGAGAGUCUUCCUACAAGCUCUCUGCCGGGACCUCCAGGUGGCCUUCCUCCAAGUCAGCUUCCCCGCUCUUAACACCUGCCCCACGGCGCCCUGAGGGCUGGGAGAAGCAGCAGCCCCAGCGAGCCUUCUGUGUGCAGGACUGGAUCCUGGCCGUGCUGGACAAGCGAAGCCACAGGAGCCUAAGCCAGAGCCCAAGCCUCAGGAGCAACGUGGCCAAGGUGAACAUCUUCUACCAGGAGCUCAACUACCGUACGGUGGACGAGACACCCGUUUACUCGGUGCCCCAGCUGCUUUCAGCCAUGGGCAGCCUCUGGAGCCUGUGGUUUGGUUCCUCUGUCCUGUCUGUUCUGGAACUGCUGGAGCUGCUGCUCGAUGCCGUCGCCCUCACGCUGCUCCUGGGCUGCCGCUGGCUCCACAGAGCUCCGGGGUCCCAGCCAGGGGCAGCCACGGGGGCAUCCCACGCUAAGCCAGAAGCCAACCAGUUGCCCACUGACUGCAGGGAUGACACUAACCGUCUGGGGGGCCCUGCUGGCCUCAUCUCCCACGGCGCUUCCCAGAGCUCUGGUGGGAGUCUCUGCUGAAGGGUCAGGCCACGUGAGGGCCCAGCCCCCCACACCUGAACCCGCCGGAACGUGUUCUGAUCCCGAGGGAUAUGGAAGCAGGGGGCACCUGGCUGCCCGGGGUGAGCCAGGCCAGCCCCACAGAGCCACCCCCAGACAGCCAAGCCAAACCCAGGGCCCAGGAAGCAGCA